CGAAUCAGAGGUACGCAGCACUGAACGUUUAGGAGGCUACCAUGGACGUUCGUCGGAUCCAUAAAUGGACAGUGCACUGCUCGCAACAUCACCAGGUCUAAUGUGUCCUUCCCAAGCGACACCAUCGAAAGAAUGCGGCUGCUUACUUAUACAACUUUGUUCUGGUUUAUCAUCAAAGCAGGGCUGGCACUGCAGAUCCAGUGUUAUCAGUGUGAAGAGGUCACUCACAAUGACUGCUCCACACCCGAGUUCAUCGUCAACUGCACUGUCAACGUGCAGGACAUGUGUCAGAAGGAGGUACUGGUGAAGGAAGACGGAAAACACUACCGCAAGUCCUGUGCCUCGUCUGGUGCCUGCCUCAUCGCCUCCUCUGGCUACCAGCAGUUCUGCACGGGGAAACUCAACUCAGUGUGCAUCAGCUGCUGCAACACACCCCUCUGUAAUGGACCGCGUCAGAAGAAACAGAGUUCCAGAAAAAGAGUUCCCUCUGCUGCCUCGUCUCUAAUCCCACCACACAGCCUCGCCCUCAUUUUUAUUCCCUUCCUCCUGCACCCAUCCUCCAUAUUCUGCUGACAGAGCCUAUGAUUGGCUGGUUUGGUCUCCUCAAGACUGUGGUCCAGCUUUUGGACUCAGCCUGUGUUUCAGUGAAAGGUUUCCCAGCCUGUACGGUGUCCAUAUCUUUAAUGGAUGUGUGACACUUUCCUAACAUGGACACCGUAUUUAGAAAAUGUCCUAAUAUGGACAGUAACUUGAGGUCUAAAGACAUUGACUGAAAUGAGGUAUUGAUACUGACAAAUAUGUUUAUCGAGUGAGUCAGGUGCACCACAUGUUUGAUAGACAAUAGGCAGGUUAACCAAUGACCCAAGUUUAUUUGACAAAAGCAAGCUAUGUGUAAUGGAAACGGAAGAUAUAGAUCGACAACAUUUUUAUCCAUUUGACAGGGGUGUAUUUAACUUUUGCUGAACUUUCCUUAUUGCUAUAAUGAUGAUGGAAACAGUGUUUUUUUAAAUAAAUGCUGAUUGUCACCAGUCAAAAGUUUGGACAGACCUACUCAUUCCAGGAUUUUUCUUUAUUUUUACUAUUUUCUACAUUGUAGAAUAAUAGUGGACACAUCAAAACUAUGAAAUAACAAAUAGAGUCAUGUA